AUAGAUCAGCGUUUCCAUCGCAGUCGUCUCCUCCCUCCUCUCUUCUCCAGCGUCUGAUCUGCCUUCUCUCUCCCACUCUCGCCCAUCCAUCCCUUUUUUAACCAAGAAAAAUAACACACACCCCUCUCUCCCUCCCUUCUCCUUUCUCUUCUCCCGCGCCAAAUACGAAAACUCUCUCAUAUCUAUUUAUACACAUCUCCCUCCUUCGUCUUCGAUCUAGGGUUUCAUUUCGAUCUACGUCUCGGCGUCGAUGGCGGAGGCUCCUGGUAGCCCUGGCGGCAGUGGCGGGGAGGGUAGUCCGCGUUCUGGUGUUCGUGAACAAGACCGCUACCUUCCCAUCGCCAACAUCAGCCGGAUCAUGAAGAAGGCUCUCCCCGCUAACGGCAAGAUCGCUAAGGAUGCUAAGGAGACUGUGCAGGAGUGCGUCUCUGAGUUCAUCAGCUUCAUCACCUCUGAGGCGAGUGAUAAGUGUCAGAAGGAAAAGAGGAAGACGAUUAAUGGUGAUGAUUUGCUUUGGGCGAUGGCGACGCUUGGUUUUGAGGACUAUAUUGAGCCGCUGAAGCUGUAUCUUCAGAAGUAUAGAGAGAUGGAGGGUGAUAGUAAGGCAACCGCCAAAGGUGGAGAUGGUUCCCUCAGUAAAGAUGGUGGUGGAAUUCAGGUUGGAACACCUGGUACAAGCACUCAAGGGAUUGCUCCACAAGGGUCUUUUACUCAAGGCAUGAACUAUAUCCAUACCCAGUUCCAUAAUGGGGAUCUCUCAGGUUGAUCAAACCACCUGCUUAUGCAAUCUGCUUUUUUUUUUUUAAUUCAGUAACAAGCUAAUGGCGAUCCCUGUCGGUUUCAAUGGAGGGAUCUUCUUCUGAGUUAUUUAGGUACUUGAUUGUCAAAUUAGUGAUGUAGCUUAUUAUCAAAUAGAGUUCUUGUAAUCAGUAAAACUAUUUGCAACAUCAUGUUCUGUUGUUUAACCUAAUUGCUCAGAAUUUCUCUUUAUGUACAUCUAUUCUCCUCUGCCUGACCUUCCAUCCAUCAUUCUCUUAUUCAUAGAUUCAUAUCUAACUAUAA